AGGACUUGGAGCUGGUCCUCGCCUUGAGGAAGCAGUGGCUUGUUUUCAAGAAGCCACUCUGUUCUAAGAAUCUACUCAGCAUGCCUAAUCAAGGAGAAGACUGCUAUUUUUUUUUCUAUUCUACAUGUACCAAAGGUGACAGCUGUCCAUUCCGUCACUGUGAGGCUGCACUAGGAAAUGAAACUGUUUGCACAUUAUGGCAAGAAGGACGCUGUUUCCGACAGGUGUGCAGGUUUCGGCACAUGGAGAUUGAUAAAAAACGCAGUGAGAUUCCUUGUUACUGGGAAAAUCAGCCAAUGGGAUGUCAGAAACUAAACUGCGCUUUCCAUCACAACAGAGGACGCUAUGUUGACGGCCUUUUCCUACCUCCAAGCAAAACUGUGUUGCCUACUGUGCCUGAGUCACCGGAAGAGGACGUGAAGGCUAGCCAGCUCACAGUUCAGCAGAACAAACUGUCUGUCCAGUCUAAUCCCUCCCCUCAGCUGCGAAGUGUCAUGAAAGUAGAAAGUUCAGAAAAUGUUCCCAGCCCUACGCAUCCACCAGUGGUGAUCAACGCUGCAGAUGAUGACGAAGACGAUGAUGAUCAGUUUUCUGAGGAAGGUGAUGAAACCAAAACAUCUACCCUGCAACCAUCUCCUGAAGUUCAUAACGGAUUAAGAAUGGCUUCUGCCCGGAAACCUGGGGUCAGUGUAAAACAAGGUGAAUGUUUGAAUUUUGGAAUAAAAACUCUUGAGGAAAUUAAAUCAAAGAAAAUGAAAGAAAAAUCCAAGAAGCAAGGUGAAGGUUCUUCAGGAGUUUCCAGUCUUUUACUCCAACCACAGCCCAUUCCAGGUCCUGAAAAAGAGAACGUCCGGACUGUGGUGAGGACAGUAACUCUGUCCAGCAAACAAGGAGAAGAACCUUUGGUAAGAUUGAGUCUAACCGAGAGACUGGGGAAACGAAAAUUUUCAGUAGGUGGCGACAGUGAUCCUCCGUUGAAGCGUAGCCUUGCGCAAAGGCUAGGGAAGAAAGUUGAAGCCCCAGAAACUAACACUGACAAAACACCAAAGAAAGUUCAAGUUUCCAAGUCUCUGAAGGAGCGAUUAGGCGUAUCAGCUGGUCCAAACAGUGAAGAGGCAGCGGAGAGAGUUACUAAAGUCGGUGAGAUCCACGUGAAGACAUUAGAAGAAAUUCUUCUUGAAAGAGCCAGUCAGAAACGUGGAGAAUUGCAAACUAAACUCAAGACAGAAGGACCUUCAAAAGUUGAUGAUUCUGCUUCGGGAACAAGAACCUCCUCCAAUGUCCGGAUCAAAACGUUCUCUGAGGUCCUGGCUGAGAAGAAACACCGGCAGCAGGAAGCAGAGAGGCAAAAAAGCAAGAAGGAUAUAACCUGCAUCAAGCUUAAGACUGAUAAUGAAAUUAAAAAAAUAGUGGUUUUGCCACCUGUAGUGGCUGGCAGAGGACAGCCAGAGGAGCCCGCAGGCCGCGCAAAGUCCAUGCAGGAGGUGCGAAUCAAGACGCUGGAGGAAAUCAAACUGGAGAAGGCGCUGAGGGUGCAGCAGGGCCCGGAAAGCUGCGCCAGCGCCCAGCCCCAGCCCGAGGCCGCCGCAGGGGCCAGGCGGCUUCUCCGCAUCACUAAGAAAACAGGUAUAAAAGAAGAGAAGAAGGUUCAGGAAGAAAGUGACGUUGCUUCUCAGAGCAGUGUUACUAGAGCAGAGGCUAAAGAGGCUUCAUACGAGACCACAGCAGUUGACAUCACUAAAAUUCAAGUCAAGAGAUGUGAGACAAUGAAAGAAAAGCAUGUGCAAAAAUUGCCGGAGAGGGGACCCUCACAGAAGGAGAAAUCAAUUUUCAAGUCCUUUUGGGGAAAUUUACACUCUUGCAAUAUCCAGUUAGCAGAGAACCCCGUGCUCACUACUGUGCCAGGCGUCACACGGCACCUGACUAAGCGGCUUCCCACAAAAUCAAACCAGAAGGCAGAGGUAGAAACCUCAGGGAUUGGGGACUCAAUAUUGAAUGUGAAAUGUGCAGCACAGACCUUGGAAAAAAGGGGUAAAGCUAAACCUAAAGUGAAUGUGAAGCCAUCUGUAGUUAAAGUUGUCUCAUCACCCAAAUUGGCCCCCAAACGCAAGGCAGUGGAGGUGCACCCUGCUGUCAUUGCAGCUGUGAAGCCUCUCAGCUCCAGCAGUGUCCUGCAGGAAAGCCCAGCCAAAAAGGCAGCUGUGGCUGUGGUCCCACUUCACUCGGAGGACAGAUCAGUCACUGUGCCUGAGACAGAGAAACCUAGAGACAGUUUUGUGCUGCCUCCAACUCAGUCCUCUGCAGAUCCCUCCCCACCAGAAGUAUCUGGCCCUUCCUCAUCCCAGAUGGCCACAAAAACUCGCCGCCUCAGCUCUGCCUCAGCAGGAAAGCCCCCGCUCUCCAUGGAGGAUGAUUUUGAGAAACUAAUAUGGGAGAUUUCAGGGGGCAAAUUAGAAGCUGAGAUUGACUUGGAUCCUGGGAAAGAUGAAGAUGACCUUCUGCUUGAGCUGUCAGAAAUGAUUGACAGCUGAAGAUGGUAGCAGAACAUUCAGAACAAAAAAAAACUCGCCAAAAAAUUGGACUUGGUUUCAUCUAUUGUAAUAUUUAUCCAAAAUUAUCAUUUCUUUAGCCUAGAAUUUGCCCCAAAUCAGAAAUAUACCUCUAAUUACCCUUGUGUGUCUGGAUUCCUUGGGGUCAGAUUUUUAAAGUCCUUUGAUAAUCACUUUGUCCAUUUGACGCCAUUGUUUAGCAUCUUGAGAAAGAAGUCUGUCUUCACCCCUCCCCACAGGCAGACUGAGCGGGAGGCCCAAGUGGAGGGACACAAGAGAACUUAGUGACUCCUUGAGGUGUUUGUCAGUUUUGUUUUUUCCCCCUUUGCUGUGUUACUUCUUUUAUGUGUUGUCUGAUUGUACCUGUUGUUACCAGAGUUUGAAAAGGAUAAAGAUAGCUGCUACCACUAAGGACCAAAUUUUGUGCCACCUCUAUAAACAAAACAGUCCACCUAGUCUGUGUUAAAUUGUAUGUCUUUUAAAAGGUAUUUGGAGAUUGAACUAAGCUUUUAGAGACAGCUGAGCGGCUCAGGAAACUGUAAUCUGGACAUAACUUUUUGGACCUGAUGUUCAUGCUUCUGCUGUUCUGUAAGCCUCUGAAGAGCAGUAGCUGAUUUAUUAUUACUGUAAUUUUUUUAAGGCUUUAAAGUGCCUCAGGGGUCCUCUGAAACUAAUUUUCUAUUUCUGGGAUUCCGUGGAUUCUUAAUAAGAGAUGGUGACAUAAUGAUUACAGGAAUUUUUUUUUUUAAUAAGGAAGUUGUCCCUUCAGUACUUGCCUCCUACUAGCAUUGAAUUAUCACAGGAAUAAAAAUUGGUUAAUUCUUUGUUUCUGACUCUCCUAGCAGACUCCUCUUGCCCAGUAUUUAUUUGGCGCCCUUUAAGCAGCCUGAGGACGGGAAUGAACUCAAGCCGCCGCUGCUUGUCCGGGAACUGUAGCAUUGUGAACGGGGUUGUUGGGGUGCUCUGGGGGUGUAUUGUAUACCUGCCAGUUUUCUUCGUUUCUUAAUUGAAUAUUCGUUUCUUGAUGUUGGUCUCCUUUAUAUCACCUCAAGGUUUAGACUUACUUGAGAAGGAACAAGCAUGAUGGGGAUAAUAGUCUUGAAAGGAGACUUGUUGUAAAUAAUCAACAGGAAGAGGAAGGAGCGACCUGCCCAUUCUGGUGUUUCGCUGUAGUGGGCCAGUGUUGUUUCUCGUGGGGAAGCCUGACCCGCCUGUCAUGUUGGCUCCUAAGGAACUGCUGUUGUAAGCGGCUCAUCAAGAGUUGAACUGCAUGUAGCCUUGUUGAGAACGUGGAAAAGGAAGAAAGCCACAGGACUGCCCACAAUAGUCUUGGGAAGAUCUGGAUGAUUCUACACAAGCAAAAGUGACUUGAAGUUUAUGUAUAGACACUUCUCUACCAGUCCAUCUUCAGCUGACUGAGUGCUGUCUAACAGCCCUUCUCCAAAGCUGGGGUGGAGUGUUCUGACUUCACCACAGGUUUUCUACUCAUUUUGUUUUUGGAAUCAGCUUGUAGAUUCCAGGUCCCUUUUGUAUAUAAUCUUUAUUCUUUUGCUUUUUAAAAAAUGAUUUUGUUUCAUAUUUAAAGCCCUGUAGUAGUCAGUGAUUCAUGUUCUGCAUUGUUUGAACCAUUUGCCAUUACAGAAAGAGAAAUACUUACUUGUGUUUUAAAUAAAACUGGUGUAGGAAAGUCUUGAUGUCGUGAGUUUAGUGGUCAUACAUCACUUCAACCUGCGAUCUGCCUUGGUAGAGGCCCAGUUAGAAUGUUGUUGGCCUUUUGUGUAAGUGAUCCAGUUUCACAGAGAUUAUUUGGCUUUAGAGACCUUUUACAAGGACCCAUGGCCAAACUUUCCCACAAAUAUGCUCAGUUUUAGCUGCAUCUGCUUUAGAUAAGAAUAAAUAUAUGUGAGUUUUUUCAGACACUGAUACAUAGCCAUUAUUGUAAUGAAGUAAUGUUAUUAAUCUCUUAAAAGAGAGAGUUUAGAAGUGAUUUUAAAUGGAUUCAACAAUUUAGAAUUUUCAAGCAUAUAAAAAUUUUAAUUCAGGAAAGGCCAAGGUUUUUUUCAGUAUGCCAAUUUUUUGUUAGGGGAAUACAUAUAAAUUUGUUAGCUACCAAAGAACAUAGAUUUUUCCAAAAGUAGUCUAAAACUAGUCCCCAGAUGAUGGUUUUCAAUUCUAACAGGAAAAGGGCCCCAAUUUUACAGAAUUUAGCCAUAGCCAGAAAUUUCAAGAUAACUUGCAACUCAUGUAUUUGUUUUAAAUAGUCUAAGUUCUGGCCUUAACCUCAAAGUCCAAUGGGUCCGCUCUCUCGUAUGACCAGAACAUAGUUUAUUUUCAUCUCGACCAAUCUUUGAAUCCACUAUAGAUAUGACUGAUGUUUAAUAAUUACAGUUUCAGAAAUAAAGCUUGUUUUCUAUAUUGA